CAUCAUAAGCUUUCCCAUGAUUGCCUAUCAACAAUCCCACCUACACCCAAACCUGACUCUUCCACCACCAUCAGCGAUAAAAGGAACCCACCAUAAUAAAUCCAAAAUAAAAUACAAGGGCUUGUCGCAUACAACUUGAGCUCAAAGCUAAAAGAGCGCUUAUUGCUCUUCAUUCCGAUCAAUCCUUAGGAGCUAUACCACCACACCCCAUUCCUGCUGACUGCGACAAACUGUCCUCAGAUCCCACCUUCAUCAGACAUCCAUUAUUCGAUUUCAUCAUUAAGAGCCUCUAGAGUGGUCACGAGGAGAUCUUUCAUUGCAUAGAGAUAUUCCAUUCAACCAAAACCCUGUCCGUUGAAUAGGUCAUUGGACACCCCUUUUCAACAUUUGCAAAGAAACCAGUCGCAUUCUUUCCACGAGGUCGAUUAACGCACGACAUACCUGCAGACGAAUCAUACUGAGUAGGACAUAAACGGCCGUAUUUUCUUCAACAAAAUACCCCGAAUCGAUUGCAUCUCUUCGGUCCAUCUCUAAACUAGGUUCUUGAACUCGGAUCAAUUACCUACCUUAUCUUGAACAUUCACGGCAUCUGCGAAAGCAACGACGGGGGUGGGGAAACAAUAUCAGUACUACAUAUAGCCAUAACUACCGAAAGAUCAUCGCGACCAUGGCUUCCUCCUCUUUCAGAGAUUCCAUGAAUUCCUUAGGCUGGUCGCGUCGCGACCCGGACCUACCCGUAAACACUGCUCAGCAGACCGGUGGCCUAUUAUCCUCGAUAAAAUCGCUGAAUCCAUUUGGAGAUAGUGGCUAUGUUCGACUGCCUACCACAGAGGGUGCGGGUGCGCCUCUGCCUGGUCGAAAUCGCCGCGAAGAAGAAGAAGGAUGGUUUGCCUUGAGUAGGUGGGAUCGACUUUUAUUAUUUGCUGGGUUUAAUAUCGGCGCAUUGGCCUGUUUUGUUAUUUGUUUCGUCUUAUUCCCGUACUUGAUCGUUCUUCCAACCAAGUUUGCGAUUUUAUGGACCCUAGGUUCAAUGCUAUUUCUCGCAUCAUGGGCCGCGAUGAUGGGCCCGUGGACGUACAUGAACCACCUGAUAUCAGCGCCACGCCUUCCGUUUACCGCGACCUAUUUCGGAUCUAUCGCGUUGACACUAUAUUUCAGUCUAGGCCUUCGAAGCAAACCGUUGACCUUGAUCUCGGCGAUUAUCCAAAUAAUCUGCUUGACUUGGUAUCUGGUCAGCUACUUCCCAAUGGGCUCUAGUGGUCUUCGACUGGCGACGAACUUUGGAGUUAAUAGAGCAGCUGCGUGGAUGUCAGGUUAAAGCCGCGCAACCAAAUCAGGCAUUCCCUUGAAGCGGCAAUUUUGUAGAUCUAGCACAUACCCAUUUUCGUGCCAUAGUAAUUAUUUUGACGUCUCUUUCUAUGAGGUUUGUAUCAGUGUAUCAGUGUAUCAAUGUACGUAUCAAAUGAUGUGGAUAUGUCGGGAGUUAUCCAUGAACGAAGAGAAGCUUUUGUAGCCUUUCACUUGUAUGCAGCAUCUCGUUUGAAGGACGUGACAUGAUAAGUUCUCUCGAGUUAUGUAGUGGUACCGACCUUCUCUCUGCGUAUAUGCAGGAAGAGGAGUGGUUGCAGACGAUGGUGACACAAGAUCUUCCAAAUGCUUGCAAGUGUAUGCGAGUCGACCAAAAGGACAUGUAUCGCUGGCGCGGAGGUUACAUUUAAGGGAAAGCGCUCGUCAAAGAGGGAUCUCAGAUGUCGUCAUUUGCAGAUUAGAUAGUUGGCUUCACGAAAACGGGGAAUGAGAGAUAUCGUGAAGAGAGUGUGGGGUUCGGUAACCCGGUGA